AUGGGAUUGUUUUUAAUUAAUAUUUUGGCGCUUUUCUUAUUGUUGAAUUUUAAAUUUGGGGACACGAUCGAAUGUUACAAAGAAAUUGAUCUUACUCAAAGAAAUGGAACAAUUAUUAAAAAUAAGUUAGCAACGUGCGAUACUGAUCAAGCUUCUGCACAAGUUGCUGAAGUGCCUGAACUCGCUGCAAUGAAGUUUAAAUGCAUUAAAAGCGAUUGUGGAAAAUAUGGAUAUUAUAAAGGUUGUUUUGCUUGUGCAGGUAUUAAAUUUUCUGACAUUGGGAUUUUCGGAUUUGAAACCGGUGAUUGUACAUGUUAUGAGUGUGAUGGUGAUAAGUGUAAUUCGGCAGGUGGUGUUCUUUCGAAUUUUAUGAUUAUUUUUUUAUUUUGCUUGAUCAUCAUAAUAAUUAAUGGUAAAUAA